GAGUUUACGGGGAGGUAGUCCAGUCAGUCCAAGCUAGUCAGUCGACCGAGUGACGCAGGUGGUGACGGUCGAUCGUUGUCGACUUCCAUCUCUCUAUCAACUUUAUUUUCGAGCCAAAAAACGUUUGCAGAGAUAGUUGAAGCAAGAGGGGAUUAGUGAUCAUGCGUGCGUAGAAAAGCAUUCUCACGUCGAGUACGAUGCCACGAAAAUUCUCUCCUCGAACGAUCCUAUGACGAUGAGCAGGAUUAUGAUUUCAUCAUAAACAUUUGCUUCUCAAUCAACACGCCUCUUUCGUUCGCAAGAAAAAAGGGGAUCGAUCAGUCUCGUUGAUUAUUUUCAACCCAUUAGUGUCUCCGGCGAAGGACACGCUAUUUUUAUCGGAAAGAAUUUUUUAAUGUGAUUAAGCGGGAAGAAAAUGAAAAACGAGAAAAGCUCCUCUGGGAGGCCGCUACUUUCAUCUAAUAUAGCGAAAACAAACGAAGCAUCCCUUCCAGAGAUUAUCGACGAUAGAUCCUAAACGUGCUCGGCACGAAGAAUUCAGAGAGCUAAUCUUGAAAAGCGAUAACUUUAUUGGGCAAAAAAAAAAUCAAAAAAAGAACCAUUCGACAAUGAGUUUAGUAAUAAAAAGAAUUGCUCGAUUUACAAAUCCGAGGAGAAACGUUAAUUAAAAUUCGUCUCAAGUCCGCGCGCAAAAGUGUUAAGUGUUCGCGAUAAAUCGAUAAGUAUCCGCGGAUAAACGUUCGACAAAGUAAUUAAAUCAUUAGAAUCAAAGAUUAAGUGAAGAAGCGAGAAAAAAUGAAGAUUGGGCAAUCACAGCCAACCAAUCCUAUUCACGGGCGCUUAAUGAGCGCCGCGUGAACGUACAGAAGAAAAAACAGUUUUAUUGAAAUGAAAGAAGCUCGGAGAUAAUAUGACCAUGGAAGCUUGCGACGUAUGGAGCGACGUCACGCCGCGAAAAUAUCGACCACCGCGAAUUGGUGAUAUUCCAAAGCGCAGUGCGAUUGAUCGCCCUUCUCCCUCAGAUUCGCUCCCUUACAUCUCGAGGCAGACAAAGAUUUUGCCUGCUGACUCCGAAUUAUCGACGGAUGUACCCAGUUCAUCAAAAGUGCCAUCAAGCCCGGAAUAUAUCCAGGAAGUACGCAAAGACAGCGCAUUGUACCUUGAGGAAGUGGAAGAGACCGAUUUGAAAUCAACUUUGAAACCGACUUGCACGGAUGUCCGAAGACAGAGCAGCGGCUACGUGAGCCCUCGAGGUAGUUUCGACGAUAAUAGAAGAAGCUCGACAACGAGCGGCGACACGCAGCCGCAGGAUCUAUUUCUAAAGGAGAGACGUGUAUCGAGAACGAAAGCCUUGACUAAGAACCUUGCUUAUAGGGUAGAAGAAAGUAUUGAAGAGCAAGAGCUGGCCGCAGAUACAUCGGAAAGGAGAAUGCCGACAACAGAGAUACACAGACAGGUGUCGAGCUCCGGCCUCGAUAUGCCUAGCAUCGAGGAGGUGAAGGAGGUCCUCAAGGAAAAGACUUCGCCCCGGCAGGAUAGUCCCGACAGCAACGAGUUGGCAGAGGAUAUCGUUAAAUUACAAUUGACGUCGCACAAGGAUCUUUCGCAUGAAAGCGACGGAAGUAUGCGAGAGAUGGAUGAGACAACCAGAGUCCAACAAGUGAUCGACACAACUAUUGGAUUGAGUGACUCAAAGAAUGCUCCGAAUACAAAUGUGGCAACUGCUAUUGCCGCGGAUAGUAGUCGAAUAGUAGAUACAAGAAAAUUGUCUUUGCCCGGUGAGGCACGAUCGAGCCAACGAUUGCGCGGGGAAACUGUCAAUGUCACCGACAAAGCCAUUCUCCCUCGCUUCCCUUACAGCAGUCCUCAAGGAUCUCCCAGGAUUCGCAACAGAGUACUCAACAGAGAGCACUCCGUUGGAGCCAAUACGUGCUUCAUCGAUAACCAGCAGGACAGCCAACAAUUGAAUCAAUAUAAAGUGUUAAAUGAAAUUGGAAAGGGCUCUUUCGGUGUCGUGAAAAAGGUUUAUAAUGAGGAAGACGGAGUGCAUUACGCCAUGAAAAUAGUUAGCAAGAGGAAAUUGAUGAAGAAAACAGGGAUAUUUGGUAAAAUACCACCGCGCAGGGCGGGCGCCGACCCUUUGGCGAAAGUUUAUAAGGAGAUCGCCAUCCUAAAAAAACUCGACCAUCCUAAUGUCGUGAAACUGGUCGAAGUACUCGACCAUCCUGAUAAGGAUAAUCUCUACUUAGUUUUCGAAUUGGUUCAUAGGGGCGAAAUUCUCGUUAUACCCACGGAAAAUCCUUUGACAGAAGAUACAGCCAGGCGUUAUUUUCGUGACGUCGUCAUGGGUGUCGAAUAUUUACAUUACCAGAAGAUAGUGCACCGUGACAUAAAGCCAAGCAAUUUACUAGUGGACAGAGACGACAAAAUUAAAAUUGCUGAUUUAGGAGUUAGCACGGAAUUAAGAGAACCUGGAGAAUUAUUAUCAGGGAAAGCUGGUACACCGGCCUUCGCGGCACCAGAAGUAUCUAUUGCUAGCGCACAAUACUCAGGACCACCCUGCGAUGUAUGGUCAAUGGGAGUUACGUUGUACGCACUCGUGGCAGGACAUCUGCCCUGGAAUGAUUCCGAUGGCAGACCUAUUCAUGAAAUUGUUCGUAAUGAACCGCUCGUAUUUCCUUCACAUCGCAUGUCUCCGGAUAUGCGCGAUCUGAUUGGGCGGAUGCUUGAUAAAGUGCCGGAAAGUCGAAUCACGAUCUCGAAGAUGAAGCAGCACUCGUGGCUGACUAAUAACGCAACCGAUCCACUGCCGAGCGAGACCGAUAACUGUCGUGUAGCAGUCACCGUAACCGAAGAAGAAGUCAUAAGACUUGGCACCUUGCUUAUGGUCAAGAAUAUGCUGAAACAGCAUAGUUUUCAGAAUCCAUUCUUGCCUAAACGACUUGGACGAACGGCAAAUAACGGUACGCAAUCACCGGCGAGUGGACAAGAAAGUGGCGUAUCUUCUUCACCGCAACAUGAUGCAAGAGACGCGAAGACAGAACGUUUUCACGAGACCGGGAGAAGCAAUUCCGCACCGGAUUCCUAUGAUUGGCACACAAGUGGCAGACAAAUAUCAGUGGAAAAUCCCUUGUCGCCAGUCACAGAAACCGAGAGAAGGUAGUGGUAUUAUCAAUAUGAAGUAACACAAAAUAAGGAAAUACAUCCCAAUCUUUAAAUGACAGAUCAACAUUAAAUGGAAAGCUUCGAUCGCGAUCCAGCGAUUGCGACAUCAAAAGACAAAUUCAUCAAACGAACCAACGAAAAAUUAAUCUUCCAAAUAAAUGUUAUCGAUUUUAUUCACAUUGCUUUUAUCGUUAAAAUUGCGGAACGUUAGCUUCAGUUUUACAAAUAGGAGCUUUUCGUGAGUUAUUUAUGUUGCGGUAUGCGAAAAUUCUCCAAACCGGCGAGGCUGAUAAAAACGCGGGUCAAAGGCUUAUUGGAAAUUUUUCGAUAGAUCUCACAAUUUUUAAUAUAAAUAAAAAUAUAAUAUGGCGAUUGAGAAUAUUUUAUAUUCUAUAUUAUGAUAGAGUCAGUUGUCUGAUUGUUGUUGGUUGAUGGUGCAUAAGAUGAUGUUAUUUACAAUUAAUGAU